AUGGCAUCUAAAAAAUCCAAAGGGUUUAAAAUGUCUCAAUCCGAACCAGUCAUAAACACUCUACCUCGGAAGAAGCUGUCUCCCUGGUAUGAACGCGUCUACCGCCUCGUGGCUUCUAGUUAUGGACCAUACCUAGAGGAUUUUGAUGAGGAUAUUUCAGAACUAGAAUCGCAAAGCAGUAGCGCAUGUCGCUGCGCCUCGGAUACUUCUGAAUGCGAGUGCGAUCUUGACGAACGCGAUUUCACGGACGAGGAUUCUGCGUACACCGGUUCCGAGACGGUGGAAUGGUACCUGGAGUAUAGGGAGAUGCGAGAAGAGCGAAAAAGGCAACUUAUUAUACUACGCAAAGAACACGAGCGUGUGAUUGAGUAUCACAAAGCGCGGGAAAAUGAGGUGGAGAAAGAAUGGGCCGAGCUUAAGCAGAAAAAUAGUUCAUAA